CCUGCCCAUCUUCUUCCCAGGUACCAUCAUCAUUGCUGCUGAGCCCACCAAAGGUCAUAACAACUUCUUCUGAGGACAAACAGAAUCAAGUAGAGCCAAUCAAACAGGUUGUUGUCACAGACAGCAGUCAACCUCCCCUCUCACUCCAUCCCGGAUCAUUACUACCUCAGGAGGUCCAGUCCGUGAGUUCAGGCCUUACACUGUCCCCCCGGCUUAACAUCGAAAAAUGGAAUCGGGCUCACCCGCAGGACCAUUUUGCUGCCACCCACUCCAGGGAAGGGCCCACAGGGAAGCAACAAGUUGUGAACACCACCCCUUACUUCAACAGCCUUGAGGAAAGAGCCAUGGGCAGGGUGCACCGAGUGGGUAACACAGAGUGGCAGAUGCAGGAGGAGCUGGUGCGCAAAUUAGAAGACCAGCUGGCACAAGAGAAGCAGAGACUGUAUGCUAUGCGGGCAGAGCUGGCACCCAGUUCCCACUCACAGCAUCUAUACGCGCCAGGGCAAAUCCUCCCACGCCAGACCAAAGACCCAAGGAGUGGGUUUGUGAGUGAGAUGCUCUUCCCCAACCAGCGUGAAGCCCAUCACUGUCCAGAGAGAAACCCCAGCAUGGAGUUUUACAGGCACACGACCACCCGGCCACCUUUCACCUACGCUGCCCUCAUUGGCUGGGCCAUCCUAGAAUCUCCCAAGAAGCAGCUCAGCUUGAAUGAGAUUUAUCGCUGGUUCAACAAUAAUUUUGGUUACUUCAGGCACCAAAUACCUACCUGGAAGAAUGCCAUCCGACACAACCUUAGCUUGCACAAGUGCUUUGUGCGUGUGGAGAACGUGAAGGGAGCUGUGUGGACAGUGGACGAGUUUGAGUACCGGAAGAAAAGGAACCAGCGCUGCUCUACUUAUCCACAGUCAUUCCUCAGCAGCCAAGGAGCCAUGGGAAGCUCUCCUCUAGCGUGGGAAAGGACAGGCCAGCCCAGAACGGAGAGGGGCAUCCACUACAGGCCAGUCUGCUCUGCCCCCUUUCUGGCUUCCUCGGGGACUGUGAGCUGAUGUCCUCCUCUGAUCCUGAUCUCCUCCAAAGGGCUUGGUGCUGAGCACAUGUUUCCAGGGGGCUUUUUUAGUUACUGCAGUGCGCUGAUAGAAAUGGCCCAGUGCUUGGACAAGUUACUGUUAUGGAUGACAAUUCCCAGCAUAUUCCAACCAGAUCCUGGAUGGGUGUAUGUAUGUGUGUGUGUGUGAGCGCACAUUCCUGGGAGCUGUAGCCCAAAAGCUAACUUUUCUAAGCUCUGUGCUGACACCUCUAUAUAGCUUGGAGGUGGCCAUGCAUCCAAACCAGAAAGCAGCCUUCCAAAGAUGUUAAAAUGUGGAGACCCAAAAUUUGGAAAUGAUCACACCCUGUACUACCAACACAUCCCCAGGCUUUUGUUAAUCCACUCCAAUCAAUACCAGCAGUCUGGAAAGAAAGAAAACAACAGGGAUUUUAUUGUGAGGUUUUUGUU